GCUCGUGAAAAAGAUAUUGGAUAUUGGAUCAAGAUGUGACCUUGAGUUUAGCGCUCGUUUCGUAUGGAAUGGAUAAUAUGUUUCCAAAUAUUUCAACCUAUGAUUUUGAUUAUUCAGCUGAUAUCAACAGAAAGAUGCGAGUUCCACAGAAAAUUAUACUCGAUUCUGAUAAUUCAGUAGCUCUCAGUGAGGCUCCUGAUGCAUCUUUCUGCAACUAUCCAGCUGCAGAUUUAAUUUUAGAUAUCAAACGUUCAUCAGAGCUUACUCCAGGAUAUAGUCCCGACGUACUGAAUAAUAGUGACGUUCACUCAAAGUUAGUUUGCAAUGCCAAAGCUCAAGCCUCUUCUAACUCAACAGGUAGUUCAGCAAAGGCUACUGCUUCUGCUGGAGUAUCCUUGGAGAAAACUUCUAGUCAUCGCACUGAAGAACCUCUUUCUGUAUCAAAAUGUCCCCCCACUUGUAGUAAAGAACACGGGUCUAUUGAAAAUCGUCUUGUGAAACUGGAAAGACGGAUAUCUCAUUUGGAAUUUCAACAAGCUGUCAUGAAGAGUGGCUUAACAAUGUAUAUAUUGUAUCGCAUCAUUAGAUGGAUAAUGAAAAGUUCGCAAUAAACUCAUAAUUAUUUCUAUAAUCUCAUUGUAUUUUAAAAAAAGCAACUAUAUAUAUAUAUAUAUUGUCAAUAAGUUUCAUGUAAAAUCAAAUCAUCACCUUUCUAUCUAUUUUUACUUCAAAGUCUACAUUACACACUAUACGUCAUUACAUCGGCCAGUUUGGUAAUAAUAGUAGUAGGAGGAAAUUUUGUUAGAGUUUUAUAAUUAUCUCUUUCUUUUCAAAAACAACGUCACAAAUACUAUCUUAUCUACUUAUUUGUGUUAUCAGAAUGCAAUAAAUGUAUAUAUCAUGUAUUC